AUGCCAUCAAACCAGCUCGGCGCCGUACAAGGCCCGCAACCUGCCGAAAAACAAGCGGUCGAGAGUUCAGAAUGGCGGUCUUCGGACGACAAAACCCCAGAGGAAGUCACCUGCUUCUUAGCGGAAGAGCAGGGCGACGAGGACGAGGAUGCGGAUGCGAAAGCAACUGCCGAUCAACGCCUCGCGCCAAAGACGUCCCAACUGGAAAAGCGUGAACCCUUCGACCCGGUCUUGUGGUCGUCUAGGAAGAAGUGGACGCACGUCUUGGUGGUAGCGUUCAUCACCUGCGUCACACCCUUGGCUUCUGCAGUGUAUACCCCCGCGUUGGACCAGGUGAUUGGCGACUUCAAGAUCGAGGACAACCCCACGCUAGCGGACCUGACGGUCUCGGCCUACGUCCUCGGCUUCUCCGCCGGACCGCUGCUCCUCGCACCGCUGAGCGAGACGUUUGGGAAGAAGCCCGUGUACCAGAUUUGCAAUGUGGUCCUGCUCGCGUGCAACUUGGCCUGCAUGGUAGCGCCAUCGGCCGAGUGGCUCAUCGUCUUCCGGUUUCUGGCCGGGUGCGCCGGCGCGAGCCCCAUUACCCAGGGCACCGGGACGGCGACGGACGUCAUGACCAAGGAGAAGCGUGCGCGCGCCAUGUCGGUCAUGGCGUUUGGGAGUGUCUGCAGUCCUGCGGUUGGGUCGGCCCUCGGGGGCGCGAUUGCCCAGGCUUGGGGAUGGAGAGGUUGCUUCGGGUUUCUUGCUUUGAUGGGCUUGAUCAGCACUCUUCUGACUUAUCAGUUCAUGUGCGAGACAUAUCUCCCGGUCCUUCGGCGAAAGUACGCUUUGUUGGGAGGUGCCGAUGACCUCGAGAUGGAACUGAGCGAUGAGAAAACCGUUGCCCCGAAGCAGUCUCUCAGGAAGCUGCUCUGCAAGGCCGCGCUCCGCCCAUUCUCCCUCAUCUUGGAGCCGAGCAUCCUGCCGGCUAUCCUGGUAACAUCGUUCUUCUAUGGCCUUCAGGUGUGGUUGUACAUCGACGUUCCGAUGACAUACAAGGCAGUGUACUCCUUUAACACCGCAGAAGCAGGCCUGGCAUUCGCGGGCAUGGGGGUUGGCAUGUUCACCGGCCUUCUCAUCUUUGGGUUCCUCACCGACGUCGUCGUGAGGAGGCUAGCACGCGACGGAGAAAGGCUGCCUGAGCACCGGCUCCCACUUCUCAACCUGGCAGCCAUCCUUGUUGUGGUCGGUCUGAUCAUCUACAACAUGGCUGCGAGGCCCGGGGUAUCCUACCUGGUGCCCCUGCUUGGAAACUACCUUAUUGGCAGCGGAUUGUUUGCCAUCACUGCUGAGAGCUACGAGCUUGCCGACUACAAAAACAUCUCCGCUCAGAAGGCCGCAAAGGACCUCGAAGCCCGACGAGAAGAGAAAAAACUUUGGAAGAGAAGGUGGCUCGACGAGCAGGACGAUAUGAAAUUCUCACACAGCAUCCAGUUCAAUGCUGUUCCGGACUGGAGCAGUCAUUACAUUGCCUACAGCAACCUCAAGAAGCUUAUCUACCAACUCGAGAAGACAGUCCACCAAACCUCCUCAGGCGACGCCGAAUCAAGGCCUCUUAUUCGAAACGAAGAACCCGAAGAUGUGUUUAGCCGUGCGCUUGGUGUAGAAUUGGAGAAGAUUUGCUCCUUCUACGUAUCCAAGGAGGGCGAGCUCCUCGACGAAGUCAAUCAACUCUUGGGAGAUGUUGGCAACCACUCUUCAGAGGAUGACGAAAACGAUGGCGAACCCAGGCGAUCAUUCGGCAGCGCCUCCCGGCCGGGACUAUCGGUCAACGGCAGGAGAACUUCCGUUUCGAUCGACGGCAACAUGGAGGAUAGUGACGAUGACGAGGAAGACGACGAAACCACCGGCUUGACGAAGAGUCGUUCAAGCCUUGGGGGCGGCAGACGCAAGACUGCCCCGAAUCUGGGCCACUCGGUCACUGAUAUGACCGCUUCAACCGAGCUGACGCUGGGAAGAUCGCUGCGGCGGUACAGCACGGCAAACGACGAGAUGCCGGAUCAGACCUUCCUCUACUCCUCAGGCAUCAUGCUCAAGAAGCGCAUCAUCAGCCUCUACGUCUCGCUCUGCGAGCUCAAGUCGUACGUUCAACUGAACCGGACGGGUUUCAGAAAAGUCCUGAAGAAAUUCGACAAGAUUCUCGACAAGGAGCUGCGGGUCAAGUACAUGACUGCCAACAUCGACUCUGCAUACCCAUUCAAGCCGGAAAACAUCAAGACUAUCGAGGAGAACAUCUCCAAGAUGGAGAAGGCGUAUGCCGAGAUUGUGACCCAGGGCGACGAGGGACUUGCCAAGCGAGACCUGCGAUCUCACCUCCGCGAACACGUUGUUUGGGAACGUAACACUGUCUGGCGAGACAUGAUUGGUAUGGAGCGUCGCGCAGAGGCUGCGAGCUUGGGCAGAGGGCUUCUGGGAAGGGAUGGAGCGACGGGAUCUAGGCGACUGCAGGGCGAUGAUGAGCUUGCGCCAAUCACCAAGGAGGUCGUCACUCCUGUGGGCCGUUUUGUUGUGCCGACGUGGGUUGCCAACACGCCUCUGCUCACUCUCCUGAUCGCUGUCGGCGUUUUCCUCCUUCUCCUUUUCCUCCCCAUCAUGGAAAAGCCCGAGCAACAGAACUGUUUGGCGUUGCUUGUGUUUGUCAGCAUCCUUUGGGCUACGGAGGCCAUUCCAUUGUUCGUUACGUCGCUUAUGAUACCCUUCCUCUGCGUCGUUUUGACUGUCGUUCGCUCUGAAGAGAAGCCCUACCGGAGGCUUGAUGCCAAGGCCACCACAGCCUACAUCUUCUCGGCCAUGUGGACACCCGUCAUCAUGCUUCUGCUCGGUGGAUUCACCCUGGCUGCGGCUCUCUCCAAGUGCAAGAUUGACAAGCGGCUCGCGACUUUUGUCCUGAGCAAGGCCGGAACCACCCCGCGCACUGUGCUCAUUGCCAACAUGCUCGUGGCGGCAUUUGCCAGCAUGUUGAUCAGCAACGUCGCUGCGCCAGUUCUUUGCUUCUCCAUCAUAGAGCCCAUGUUGCGGACCCUACCUUCAGAGUCAAACAUGUCCAAGGCUGUCAUCAUGGGAAUCGCACUCGCCUCCAACAUCGGCGGUAUGCUAUCCCCUAUUGCCUCGCCCCAGAACGUCGUCGCUAUUGGUAUCAUGAAGCCCGCGCCUACCUGGAUUCAGUGGUUCUUCAUCGUCAUCCCUGUCGGCAUCGUCUCGUUGCUCCUCAUCUGGAUCUUGCUGUUGAUCACGUUCCAACCGAGCAAGGGAACUACCAUUGCUCCGAUCCGUCCUGUGAAGGAAAAGUUCACAGGCAUCCAAUGGUUCGUCUCCAUCGUCACGCUCAUCACCAUCGGCCUCUGGUGCGGUAGCCACCAGAUGGAGUCCAUCUUUGGUGACAUGGGUGUCAUUGCCAUCAUCCCCAUCGUCCUCUUCUUUGGCAUUGGUAUCUUGACCAAGGAGGACUUCAACAACUUCCCGUGGACUAUUAUCAUCCUGGCUGCCGGAGGCUUGUCUCUGGGUAAAGCCGUCAAGUCAUCUGGUCUUCUGCACACGGUUGCUGGCGUUGUUACCAAGGAGGUUGAGGGUAUGAGUCUCUACGUCGUCCUCGUUGUCUUCUCAGCCCUUAUCCUCGUCAUCGCCACUUUCAUCAGCCACACGGUCGCAGCUUUGAUUAUCCUGCCGUUGGUGUUUGAUGUUGGCUCCAACAUGGACGAACCCCACCCGAACCUGUUGGUCAUGGGUGGCGUUUUGAUGUGCAGUGCCGCUAUGGGCUUGCCGACAAGUGGUUUCCCCAACAUGACGUUCCCAACAUCGGCAGAUUACUGA